GAAUGCAUCAUCUCAGGCAUGCUGUCGGUGUCGGGGAAGAAGGUGCUGCACAUGGACCGCAACAAAUACUAUGGCGGAGAGAGUGCUUCCAUUACGCCCCUCGAGGAUCUCUUCACCAAAUUCUCCCUGCCCCCCCCAGAAGAGUCGUACGGCCGCACCAGGGACUGGAAUGUGGAUCUGAUCCCCAAGUUCCUCAUGGCAAAUGGCCAGUUGGUCAAGCUCCUCAUUCACACGGGUGUGACACGCUACCUGGAAUUCAAGUCAGUCGAGGGCAGUUAUGUGUACAAGGGAAACAAAAUCUCCAAGGUCCCUGCGGAUGAGAAAGAGGCUCUUACCUCAGAUCUGAUGGGCAUGUUUGAAAAGCGAAGGUUCAAGAACUUCCUGGUGUUCGCCCAGGACUACCGUGACGAUGACCCAGCCACAUGGAAGGCCAUGCCUGGCUUCGACCCCAAAACCACCACCAUGAACGCGGUGUUCGCCCACUUUAACCUCGACAAGAACACCAUUGAUUUCACAGGUCACGCUCUUGCUCUAUAUAGGGACGAUGACUACCUCAAUUGGCCCGCCGGCGAAAGCCUGAAGAGAAUUAAGCUUUACAGUGACUCGCUCGCUCGCUAUGGAAAGUCUCCUUACCUCUAUCCUCUAUAUGGGCUGGGUGAACUGCCCCAGGGCUUCGCUAGGUUGUCUGCUAUCUAUGGAGGCACAUACAUGCUUGACAAGCCCAUUGACGAAAUUGUCAUGGAGGAAGGGAAAGUUGUUGGUGUGCGCUCUGGAAACGAAACUGCCAAGUGCAAGCAAGUGUACUGUGACCCUUCAUAUGUGCCCGAAAAAGUGAAGAAGGUCGGACAAGUGGUGCGAGCCAUCUGCUUAAUGGAUCAUCCUAUCAACAACACAAAGGAUGCCCUCUCAACACAGAUCAUCAUCCCACAGAAGCAGGUUAAUAGGAAUUCUGACAUCUAUGUGUCACUGGUGUCAUACACACACCAGGUUGCAGCAAAGGGCUGGUUUAUAGCUAUGGUGAGCACCACAGUGGAGACAGAUAACCCUGAGGCCGAGAUCCUACCAGGCCUCAACCUUCUGGGACCAAUCAAGCAAAAGUUUGUGACAGUGUCCCCUAUCUACAAACCCACGGACGAUGGAGUACAGAACCAGCUGUUCAUCUCCGAGUCCUACGACGCCACCUCCCACUUCGAGACCACCUGCCUGGAUGUGCUGGACAUUUACCGCCGAGGCACGGGGGAGGACUUUGACUUCUCCAAGGUGAAGCACAACCUGGGCGAUGAGGACAUGUAAAGGAGGAACUGCGUGUGCUUGCGAUCGUCGGGCGGCGAGAUGGGGUGGUCAUCCUCCGCUGAAAAUACCCCGGCACGCGGUCUCCCUCCCCACUUGCUCCUCCUCCUCCUCCUCCUCCUCCUCCUCCUCCUUCUUGAAGAGAUGCCGCGUUGCCAACAGCUUGCCCUCGAACGUUUUUUUUUUUUCUUCGACUUCAUGAUCAACUCGUGUUGUACAAGAUCAUCAGCAUUGAACAGAUUAUCUUCAUCUUUUUAUCUCUCUUUAUACACUUUUUUUUUUUUCUAUGAUUUUUAUUAUUAUUUUUAUACACACAUCCCCUGUGUUUAUACCAAAGGUGAACUCCCCUUUCUUAUUUGAAUUUUUAUUUAUUUUUUAUUUUGGCAUAUGAAGAUGGACUUGUCAUAAAUGUUGUGGAUAUACACUGUACAGUGUAGAGAGAGCCAAAAAAAAGAAAAAAAAGAAAAAAAAAACAAUAGUGAUCUGUAAUGAUUUUAAGGCUGCUUCGAUAUUGCUAGCUCACUCUGCUUGUUUCCUGCCCCUCCCCUCCCUGCCCCCUUUCCUCCCCAACCUUCUAUCCCCCUACCCCCCCCCCCCCCCUUACCCCUUCGAAACCAUGAUCAUAGAGUGGCAACCAUGACUGCUUACUUGGUUGGCGUGAUCUCCAUGCAGUAGAUGACAGUGAGUGGCAUUUAUCCCGUUUUUAUUGAUGUUUAUACUUGUAGAUUCGGUAAACAUCAAUAGCAGUCAUGAUUGUUUUAAAAGUAAGAAUAAAGGAAUAAUAAUAAUCAUGAUGAUGAUGAAGUAAUAAUAAUGAUAUAAAGAGUAGCUGAUGAAACUAGGCAGACCUUUUUGUAAAGAUUUAUAUGGCAACAUUAAGAUAUUAAAGCAAGUCCAAUCUAGUACGUAUGAGACCUUACUUCCCAGUGUUAUCACAUUCCUCAGACGAAAAACACAAAUAAAAAAAAAAAAAAAAUAAAAAAAAAAAUAUCCCCCAUGUAUGCAUGUAUUAUCCACUGUAGGCAUAUCAAAGUUUACUUUUUUUUUUGUGGGCAGAAGGCAGAGGUUGAGAGAGGAACACAUUUAUUUAAAAAAAAUAAAUAAAUAAAAGUAAGUAAAUCGAAAAAAAAAGUAAUUUUGUCAUAAUGAUUAUUUAACGGCAGAAUCAUCGAUAUCGAGACACUUUUGAGAUUACAGUGUUGUGUGUGGUAAACAAAACUCUAUAUCUAUAUCAUGUAUGACUUGCACACCCGUUGCAGCUCGUAUGUCACAGGAUGUAUAUUAAUGAAACCAUGUUGCAACUACUUGCAUCGCUCAAUCUUCACUUUUGGGUCAGCAUGUACGAGAUAUUCAAACUUGAUCAGUGGGUCCUUAAUUGAUUUGUUUUUGUCUGAUCUGGCUAGCAUGUAUGUCGUUGGUGAUAUUAUUUUUUUUUUUUAUCUACAUUUUUUUUUUCUUUUUUGUAUUUUGUACUAUUUAACGCUAAAACUGCUGGUCACUUUUUUGCACAGCUUUCCAACAUUGGGAUAUGCAAGUUGUCCAAAUAUUCUUGACAUCUGUAUGCUUUCAUAUGUAAGUCAUUCCAGGUUAAAGGAUAACACAAA